AUGGCGGACGGCGUGGACCACAUCGAUAUCUACGCCGAUGUGGGAGAGGAGUUUAACCAGGAAGCAGAAUACGGUGGGCAUGACCAAAUAGACUUGUAUGACGACGUCAUUUCUCCAUCUGCCAAUAACGGCGAUGCACCAGAGGACCGUGAUUAUAUGGACUCUCUCCCACCCUCUGUUGGAGAUGAUGUAGGCAAAGGAUCAGCACCAAAUGUUGUCUACACAUAUACAGGAAAGAGAAUUGCAUUGUAUAUUGGAAAUCUUACUUGGUGGACCACAGAUGAAGAUUUAACUGAAGCAGUUCAUUCACUUGGUGUAAAUGAUAUUCUGGAGAUAAAAUUUUUUGAAAAUCGUGCUAAUGGUCAGUCAAAGGGGUUUGCUCUUGUAGGUGUAGGAUCUGAAGCCUCUUCCAAAAAACUAAUGGAUCUAUUACCUAAAAGAGAAUUGCAUGGUCAGAAUCCAGUUGUAACUCCAUGUAAUAAGCAGUUUCUGAGUCAAUUUGAACUGCAAUCAAGGAAAACUACACAGUCAGGCCAGAUGUCAGGAGAAGGAAAAGCUGGUCCUCCAGGAGGCAGUUCACGGGCAACCUUUCCACCAAGUAACAGAGGGAGGGGUCGUUUUCCUGGUGCUCUACCUGGGGGGGACAGAUUUCCUGGCCCAGCUGGACCAGGAGGACCACCACCACCCUUUCCAGCUGGACAAACUCCUCCACGUCCACCUCUAGGCCCUCCUGGCCCACCAGGCCCUCCAGGUCCUCCACCACCUGGCCAGGUUCUGCCUCCUCCAUUAACUGGUCCUCCCAAUCGUGGUGACCGUCCUCCUCCUCCAGUUCUGUUUCCUGGACAGCCAUUUGGCCAGCCUCCAUUGGGUCCACUCCCCCCUGGUCCUCCACCUCCAGUUCCGGGCUAUGGCCCACCACCAGGCCCUCCACCCCCGCAACAGGGUCCUCCUCCACCCCCAGGCCCUUUUCCCCCUCGUCCACCUGGUCCACUAGGGCCACCUCUAACACUGGCUCCUCCUCCUCAUUUGCCUGGACCACCACCAGGUGCUCCCCCACCAGCCCCACACGUGAAUCCAGCUUUCUUCCCCCCACCAGCCAACAGUGGUAUACCUACAUCAGACAGCCGUGGUCCACCACCGUCAGACCCAUAUGGCCGACCUCCACCAUACGACAGAGGUGAUUAUGGGCCGCCAGGCAGAGAAAUGGAUGCUGCAAGGACACCUUUAAGUGAAGCAGAAUUUGAAGAAAUCAUGAAUAGAAAUAGGGCUAUCUCUAGCAGCGCCAUUUCAAGAGCUGUUUCAGAUGCCAGUGCCGGAGACUAUGGAAGUGCUAUAGAAACUUUGGUGACUGCAAUUUCUUUAAUUAAACAAUCCAAAGUGUCUGCUGAUGAUCGCUGCAAAGUACUUAUUAGCUCUCUGCAAGAUUGCCUUCAUGGAAUUGAGUCAAAGUCUUAUGGUUCCGGGUCAAGGCGCCACAAAUCUCGUAGCAGAGAUCGCCAUGAUGAUUAUUACCGGGAAAGAAGCCGAGAACGUGAGAGACAUCGUGACCGCGAUAGAGACCGUGACAGAGAGCGGGAUCGAGAACGAGAGUAUCGUCAUCGUUAAAGGAGCUGAUGGAAGAGGAACACCUCAACAGAUAAGAAACUUCAUGGAAAGAGGCUUGUCCAGCAGUUUGCUUCAUGUGAUCGAUCAGAGCCUGUAAAGAUUCAUGGAUAAAAUGAACAGGAAUAGAUCUGAAUAAGGCAAAUCUGCAUACAUGGUAACCAGUAGCUCUCUUACAUUUUUAUGUUGCUUAGCUGUUUUAUUUGAAGGAACCUGUGUGAUUUAAAAUGUAUAGCUUCUUGCAACUUUAUUACUGGUUAUAUACGUUUGAAAAUUAAAAUGUGCAAGCAAUGGAAAAAAGUCAAGUAAAUGCUUGUUUUUAUAGUAGUUGGUUCUUGUUUAAAUGUUCAUAUGAUAAUGUCUGUAAAGAGCACCAAAUUGAUUACAGUAGAUGUAGUGUUGUAAUAAACUGUUUAAUGGGGCUGAUGUGUAAAGCUGUUCAAGUUAUUUGAUGUUUACACCUCAGGGAGUGUCUUGUGUUCAGCAAUAUUUAAUGGUGUUGUCUCUAACAAAACAUUGCAUAUUUUUUGCAUAUGCAUCAACCUAUUGUAUCAGAAUAACUGGCAUUUG